CUCCUCGUCCCGCUGCCGGAUCAACUCGCAAGUUAUCGACAAACAAGGAACGUGGUCUCCAGGGCAAGCACUGGCGAACAGGCCUGCUUCGUGCAUCAGUCCCAUCGGGUCCUCAAAAGCGGCUGUGCCCAGCGCUCGAGUUUCGACUCCGCGAUCGACCGUAGCCGGGAAACGGGCCCAGGCCGAGCAUCGCAUCGUGUCGCAGAACGACAAUCAUCUUGCACCCUGCAAGUAGCGCACUUCGCCCAGGAGAUCCCCGCGUGCUCUGUUUUGCGCGCAAUCUUUAUUAGUCCUGGAACAAGUUUAUGCGACAUAUCGAUCCGAUCUCUCAUUUUCGAUUCUGGCGAAGCCGAAGCACUGUGUGCAGUACCCAGCGAGGUGGAAUUGAUUCCCGCCGCCGCUCUCUCUCGUCUCAACCAUGACAUCCGCAGCACCGCAACCAGCAGCGCAAACAGCUGGAUCGCAGCGGCACCAGCAGCAGCAACAACCACAACAACACCAUGCGAACGCUCCGCACACGCCCAGCACACCUGUCGCGUCCCAAGCCCAGUCUGCGGUUUCCCCGCCGAGCAAACGUGAUCUAAAGUCAUGGUGGAAAGGCUUCAAGUUGCCUUCAAAGCAUCAAGAGCAGCAUGAGCCCCGGCCGCAAGGGAUAUUCGGUGUCCCCCUUCGCCAGAGCAUUACAUACGCCAACGUCGCCAUCUCCCUUGUCGAUGAGGAUGGUAAGAGCUAUAUAUAUGGCUACGUUCCCAUCGUGGUUGCCAAGUGCGGAGUGUUUUUGAAGGAGAGAGCGACCGAGGUCGAGGGGAUCUUUCGCCUGAACGGGUCUGAGAAACGCAUCAAAGAGCUCAAGAUAAUCUUCGACUCACCCGAUCGAUACGGGAAGGGCCUUGUCUGGGAUGGAUACACGGUCCACGAUGCGGCCAACGUCCUCCGCCGGUACCUCAACGAUCUCCCUGAGCCGGUUGUGCCUCUGGAUCUCUAUGAGAAGUUCCGAGAACCACUAAAGGGGGCCACCAAGCCGGGAACGGCCGACGGCGAGGGUCCCCAGUUCGUUGAGAAUUUCGACAUGGAUGCCGCCAUUGCGAAAUACCAGCAGCUGAUCACGGAGCUGCCACCGUUGAACCGACAGUUGUUGCUGUACAUCCUCGAUCUCCUCGCGGUGUUUGCGGCCAAGUCGGAUCAGAACCGUAUGACAUCGCAGAAUCUGGCCGCCAUUUUCCAGCCGGGCAUGCUGUCUCAUCCCAACCAUGCCAUGGCCCCAGAAGAAUACCGAUUGAAUCAAUGCGUGAUCAUCUUCCUCAUCGAAAAUCAGGACCAUUUCCUCAUCGGGAUGCAAGGCACCGCCGCAGACGAAAAGACUGUGGAAGAGGUCCAGAAGGGCACCCCUGCACUCAAUCCGCCGUCAACACCCACUUCAAAGUCAGGACUCGUUCGGUCUGCCUCCACCGGGAGCGCUAGAACCGGCAGCGUGACGAGAGACAGUUCCAUCAGGAGGAACAAAUCGGCGUCGUCGAGACGGUCGUAUCACACGAAUGGCAGUCCCAGCCCCGGCAGCCCAUCCUUAACAUCGACACCAACGGGUGGGCUGACUCGGAGCAACACCGUCCCGUCGAAGAAGUCUCCGGCUUUGCAAACGGGGAGGUUCGCCUCGCGGAACGAUACGCAUGUGGCUCCGCUGACUGCAAUUGCGCCACCAGCGACCACCGUUGUGUCUCCUCCGCCAGCGGUUGUGGAAGAAGCUCCUACUCCUAUGGAAGAGUCCUCCGCACCAUCUAUCUCGACUUCAAUUGCCCCAUCUGGUUUGUCUAUUCCUGGCGCGAGGAGCCAGGAUAGACUUCUUGAGCCUCCUACUCCAGAAGUGACUACUCCGUCCAAAGAACGGAAACUGCCCAUUCUCUUUCAAAGGAUUGCGUCGGGCGAGGGGGAUGGGCGGCAGCCAAACAAGCUAAGAAAGAAAAGACUACCAGGCAGUGCGAACCCUAGUGCUCACAGCUCAACGGCGUCGCUUCCCCAUUCAGCAACGACUUCUCCCAACACCGAAGGUCCAAAUCCUCUGGAAAUGAUACCUUCUGCUUCGAAAACUGCAGGCGCCGCAGAGAGCGCGACGACGCCGCCGGCCGAGACCCUAUCGGAACCUACCCCACGUGCGACGGAUGCUCCUGCCAGCGCGACUGAUCCAAGCUCCGCAAACCCAAGUAGCACUAUCCCAGUAGAUAUGGACAAGAACAGUACCAGUCCCGGAGCUAGCCCCGGCAACACCCAUGCCGGCGACGCCCACACUGUUACUCUUCAUCCCAACAGUGCCCAGGCGACCCUGAAACCCAAAAAGUCUCCCCCGACGUCGCUUCACAGCUCGUUCAACGAAGGAUCGGAUCUUGAUCAGGUCGAGGAGGUGACAACCGCUUCUGGUGAGGCUGCCGUUCCUGACACGCCCAGCGAAAAGGAGAAGAAGAGGCGAUGGCGCCUUUCGCGUAAAAAGGAGGAGAUCUCACCGCCACCGUUUUAUCCCCCGCUUGGUUCACCACGUCAAGUUGUGGGGUCAAAUGCCCACGCGGACGCCAGCAGUACUUCAGUGAACAGUUUUGGAAAGCAGGGCCAGAGCGUGGCGGGAGACUCGUCGGACCGCACCACUUUUACCUCAGACGGUCAUCCGGUCGAUGGGGCGAGCAAAGAAAGCAGGGACGAGUCGAAGAAACUCUCCAGCUGGAUUAAAAACAAGUACCGCGAGCACAAGGAGCAUGUCGACCAACGGAGAAACAAGUCGCCGCCGCCCGAAAGGACAGUGUCCUUGGGGUCCAGCCUCAUGUCAUCACGGGGAAAGAGUCUGGAGCUCAAGCGCUCCGAGGAAGACAAACCGCCGGCUCCAUCUGCAGCGCAGCCGCCGCACCCGCACCCGCAGCCCCAGGAACCAACGGCACCUCAAUAGCACUCUCAAGUUGAUGGGCAAAAGAAGGUGACGAUGAGUCCUGACGAGUUCAACGCCGUUACGAAUUUCCAGCAUUUCCCUUGUUUCUACUUGAUAGUCGUGGAGAUGUGGGCCAAGGCGGAAUGUGUGAAUUGCUGUUUGAAGCGAGAUAUGAUGGGGGGUUUACUUGGCGCGCUCAAAUGUGGCGCUUGGGCAGAAGACCAUAGCGCCUCUAUGCGGAUACCCAGACUUGUUUAUGUACAUGAUGGAGUGAGUGUAUGUAGGGUUUAUCACAAAAGAUCCCCUUAUUUGUCUGCGGCUUUUUGGUGGAUGGCCAGCACCAAGUUGUAGCGUUCUUGAUAGAGAGCCUUACGCUCAAACUACCUUGGUACUUUGUUCUUAGUACUUCGGUAUUCCUCUUCAAAAUGGACGAGCUGAUGAUCGAUUCUCCU